AUGAAAUCCCUCCUCGUCCUCUUAGCCACUGUUUCAUGUACCUAUGCGAUUGGCUUCACUCAGUCUGUCGCGGUGAAAGGAAGACUGAUUUGUAAUGAUGCGCCAGCAAAGGAUGUGAGGGUUAAGAUGUAUGAUAAAGAUAUUUUGGUCGACACAAAACUCGACGACAAAUCCACCGACGGAAACGGUGAGUUCUACUUGUCCGGUGGGGAUUCUGAAGUCAGCUCGAUCGAUCCACGUGUAAAUAUCUACCAUGACUGUGAUGAUGGAUGGACGCCAUGCCAACGUCGUCUGACCGUUGGAAUCCCUGACAAGUACAUCACCAACGGCGACAAACCGUCCAAAGUGUUCGAUCUCGGUACAAUUCAAUUGGCAGGAAAAUGGGUCGGCGAGACCAGAGACUGUAUUCACAGACAUUGA